CCUGAACCGGCCCGCCUCUCGUUUGACAAAAAAAAAAAAAAAAAAAACAAGAUGAAGUUCACACUCAGCAGUGCCGCCGCCGCCGUGGCAGCGCUCGCAACGCUGACCGGCGCGUCGCCGACGGCGUCGCCGCUCGAGAAGCGGGCCGGCAUGUACGACGGCUACAAGGUGUACCAGCUGGACGUGGGCUCCGACGCGGCCAAGUACGACGCCGUGACGGCCGCCAUCAACCAGAUGUCGUCGGCCGUGUCGCUGGCCUGCGAUGACCGCCACGACCACAUCGACGUCGCCGUGUCGCCCGACUCGGUCGCCACGCUCGAGGCCCUGGGCGUCGAGAUGAAGCUGAUCAACGACGACCUGGGCCGCGACAUCCGCGCCGAGGGCGAGACCAAGCCCUACGUCCGCACCAUCAAGAAGCGCGACGAGGCCGCUCCCCUCCCCGACAUGUCGUACUUUGACUCGUACCACGUCCUCGAGGAGCACUUUGCCUUUCUAGAGGACCUGCAGGCUGCCUUCCCCGACAACUCGGAGACUUUUGUCGCGGGAAAGUCGCUCGAGGGGAGGGACAUAAUGGGAAUCCACCUUUGGGGCAAGGCGGGCAAGGGGAAGAAUGAGGCUGUUGUCUGGCACGGUACUGUCCACGCUCGCGAGUGGAUCACUGCACCGACCGUUGAGUACAUGGCAUACAAGCUUGUCUCUGGCUACCUCAAGAGCAAGUGCUCCGUCAACAUCCUGGACCAGUACGACUUUUACAUCAUGCCUGUGGUCAACCCUGACGGUUUCGUCUACACCCACACCACCAACCGCCUCUGGCGCAAGAACCGUCAAGAGCGCGUUGGCGCCUCGUGCGUGGGCACCGACGUGAACCGCAACUGGCCCAACCAGUGGGACGUCCCCGGCGGCAGCUCGACCAACAGCUGCUCCGAGACGUACCGCGGCGAGGCGCCGGGCGACACGCCCGAGAACAAGGUCCUGGUCGACCAGCUGGUCGCCGUCAACGCCGCGCAGGGCGUCAAGUUCUACGUCGACUGGCACUCGUACUCGCAGCUGAUCCUGCUGCCGUACGGCUACAGCUGCACGGCCGUCGCCGCCGGCCUGGAGCGCCAGAUGGAGCUGGCCGGCGGCGUCGCGGCCGCCAUCAAGGCCACCAACGGGCUCGACUUUGUCUACGGCCCCACCUGCACCACCAUCUACCAGACCGCCGGUGGCAGCAACGACUGGGUCGCCGACGUGCUCGGCUCCGAGCUGCCGUGGGCGUUUGAGAUGAGGCCCCAGGGUGCCGCGCAGGGCGGCUUCGUCAUCUCCCCCGACAACAUUAUUCCCAGUGGUGAGGAGAUCUGGGCUGGUAUGAAGGACCUGUUCAAGAACUGGUAGAUGGAAGCAUGAGCUGUGUUGGGCUUUAUAGAAACUCCCGGUUGAAUGGGCUGGCUUUUAAGCUGGAGGGGCUCUGUGCUUUGUUAUAUAUUCUGUCAAGCCGCAAAUAUCCACGUCAACUAAGCGUACUGUCACAAUGCCCGCUUGGGUAGAUGCCACUCAUCGGAGCAGUCACCUACUG